ACAACCACAGCUGCUCCAACCACCACAACCACAGCCGCUGCAACCACCACUACCAAAGCUUCUCCAACCACCACAACCACAGCUGCUCCAACAACCACAACCACAGCUACUCCAACCACCACAACCACAGCUGCCCCAACAACCACAACCACAGCUGCCCCAACAACUACAACUACUGUUGCUCCGACCACCACAACCACAGCUGCUCCAACCACCACAACCACAGCUGCCCCAACAACUACAACUACUGUUGCUCCGACCACCACAACCACAGCGGCUCAAACCACCACAACCACAGCUGCUCCAACCACCACAACCACAGCUGCUCCAACCACCACAACCACAGCUGCUCCAGCCACCACAACCACAGCUGCCCCAACAACCACAACCACAGCUGCCCCAACAACUACAACUACUGUUGCUCCGACCACCACAACCACAGCGGCUCCAACCACCACAACCACAGCUGCUCCAACCACCACAACCACAGCUGCCCCAAAAACUACAACUACUGUUGCUCCAACCACCACAACCACAGCUGCCCCAAAAACUACAACUACUGUUGCUCCUACCACCACAACCACAGCAGCUCCAACCACAACCACAUCUGCUCAAACCACAACAACCACAGCCGCUGCAACCACCACUACCACAGCUUCUCCAACCACCACAACCACAGCUGCUCCAACCACCACAACCACAGCUGCUCCAACCACCACUACCACAGCUGCCCCAACAACUACAACUACUGUUGCUCCAACCACCACAACCACAGCUGCGCCAACCACCACAACCACAGCUGCUCCAACCACCACAACCACAGCUGCUCCAACCACCACAACCACAGCUGCUCCAACCACCACAACCACAGCUGCUCCAACCACCACAACCACAGCUGCUCCAACCACCACAACCACAGCUGCCCCAACAACCACAACCACAGCUGCCCCAACAACUACAACUACUGUUGCUCCGACCACCACAACCACAGCUGCUCCAACCACAACAACCACAGCUGCCCCAACAACUACAACUACUGUUGCUCCGACCACAACAACCAAAGCGGCUCAAACCACCACAACCACAGCUGCUCCAACCACCACAACCACAGCUGCUCCAACCACCACAACCACAGCUGCUCCAACCACCACAACCACAGCUGCCCCAACAACCACACCAACCACCACAACCACAGCUUCUGCAACCACCAGAACCACAGCUGCUCCAACAACCACAACCACAGCAGCUCCAACCACCACAACCACAGCUGCUCCAACCACCACAACCACAGCUGCUCCAGCCACCACAACCACAGCUGCCCCAACAACCACAACCACAGCUGCUCCGACCACCACAACCACAGCUGCGCCAACCACCACAACCACAGCUGCUCCAACCACCACAACCACAGCUGCGCCAACCACCACAACCACAGCUGCUCCAACUUCCACAACCACAGCUGCUCCAACCACCACAACCACAGCUGCUCCAACCACCACAACCACAGCUGCUACAACCACCACAACCACAGCUGCCCCAACAACUACAACUACUGUUGCUCCAACCACCACAACCACAGCGGCUCAAACCACCACAACCACAGCUGCUCCAACCACCACAACCACAGCUGCUCCAACCACCACAACCACAGCAGCUCCAGCCACCACAACCACAGCUGCGCCAACCACCACAACCACAGCUGCUCCAACCACCACAUCCACAGCGGCUCCAACCACCACAACCACAGCUGCUCCAACCACCACAACCACAGCUGCUCCAACCACCACAACCACAGCUGCUCCAACCACCACAACCACAGCUGCUCCAACCACCACAACCACAGCUGCUCAAACCACCACAUCCACAGCAGCUCAAACCACCACAACCACAGCUGCUCCAACCACCACAACCACAGCUGCUCCAACCACCACAACCACAGCUGCGCCAACCACCACAACCACAGCUGCUCCAACCACCACAACCACAGCUGCUCCAACCAACACAGCCACAGCUGCCCCAACAGCUACAACUACUGUUGCUACGACCACCACAACCACAGCUGCGCAAACCACAACAACCACUGCUGCUCCAACCACCACUACCACAACUACUGUUGCUCCUACCACCACAACCACAGCAGCUCCAACCACAACCACAUCUGCUCAAACCACAACAACCACAGCCGCUGCAACCACCACUACCACAGCUUCUCCAACCACCACAACCACAGCUGCUCCAACCACCACAACCACAGCUGCUCAAACCACCACAAACACAGCUGCCACAACAACUACAACUACUGUUGCUCAGACCACCACAACCACAGCUGCGCCAACAACCACAACCACAGUGUCUCAAACCACCACAACCACAGCUGCUCCAACCACCACAACCACAGCUGCCCCUACAACCACAACCACAGCUGUUCCAACCACCACAACCACAGCUGUGCCAACCACCACAACCACAGCUGCUCCAACCACCACAUCCACAGCGGCUCAAACCACCACAACCACAGCUGCUCCAACCACCACAACCACAGCUGCUCCAACCACCACAACCACAGCUGCUCCAACCACCACAACCACAGCUGCUCCAACCACCACAGCCACAGCUGCCCAAACAACUACAACUACUGUUGCUCCGACCACCACAACCACAGCUGCUCCAACCACCACAACCACAGCUGCUCCAACAACCACAACCACAGCUACUCCAACCACCACAACCACCACUGCAGCUCCAACAACCACCACAACCACAGCUGCUCCAACCACCACAACCACAGCUGCUCCAACCACCACAACCACAGCUGCUCCAACCACCACAACCACAGCUGCUCCAACCACCACAACCACAGCUGCUCCAACCACCACAACCACAGCUGCGCCAACCACCACAACCACAGCUGCUCCAACCACCACAACCACAGCUGCUCCAACCACCACAACCACAGCUGCUCCAACAACUACAACUACUGUUGCUCCGACCACCACAUCCACAGUUGCUCCAACCACCACAACCACAGCGGCUCAAACCACCACAACCACAGCGGCUCCAACCACCACAACCACAGCUGCUCCAACCACCACAACCACAGCUGCUCCAACCACCACAACCACAGCUGCUCCAGCCACCACAACCACAGCUGCCCCAACAACCACAACCACAGCUGCUCCAACCACCACAACCACAGCUGCUCCAACCACCACAACCACAGCUGCGCACACCACCACAACCACAGCUGCUCCAACCACCACAACCACAGCGGCUCAAACCACCACAACCACAGCUGCUCCUACCACCACAACCACAGCUGCUCCAACCACCACAACAGCGGCUGCCCCAACAACUACAACUACUGUUGCUCUGACCACCACAACCACAGCUGCGCCAACAACCACAACCACAGCGGCUCAAACCACCACAACCACAGCUGCUCCAACCACCACAACCACAGCUGCUCCAACCACCACAACCACAGCUGCUCCAACCACCACAACCGCAGCUGCCCCAACAACUACAACUACUGUUGCUCCAACAACCACAACAACAGCUGCGCCAACCACCACAACAGCAGCUCCAACGACAACCACAGCUGCCCCAAAAACUACAACUACUGUUGCUACGACCACCACAACCACAGCAGCUCCAACCACAACCACAGCUGCCCCAACAACUACAACUACUGUUGCUCCAACCACCACAACCACAGCUGCGCCAACCACCACAACGACAGGUGCUGCAACCACAACAACCACAGCAGCUCCAACGACAACCACAUCUGCUCAAACCACAACAACCACUGCUGCGCCAACCACCACUACCACAGCUGCUCCGACCACCACAGCCACAGCUGCCCCAACAACUACAACUACUGUUGCUCCGACCACCACAACCACAGCUGCGCCAACCACCACAACGACAGGUGCUCCAACCACAACAACCACAGCAGCUCCAACCACAACCACAUCUGCUCAAACCACCACAACCACAGCGGCUCAAACCACCACAACCACAGCUGCUCCAACCACCACAACCACAGCUGCUCCAACCACCACAACCACAGCUGCUCCAACCACCACAACCACAGCUGCGCCAACCACCACAACCACAGCUACUCCAACCACCACAACCACAGCUGCUCCAACCACCACAACCACAGCUGCUCCAACAACUACAACUACUGUUGCUCCGACCACCACAUCCACAGUUGCUCCAACCACCACAACCACAGCGGCUCAAACCACCACAUCCAAUCACCACAACCACUCCAAUCACCACAACUACUCCAACAAGCAUGACAACCACUCCUAUCAUCACGACUCCAACCACAACAACCACAACUACCCCAAUCAUAACAGCCACUCCAACAACCACCACAACCACUCCAAUCAUCACAACCACUCAAACCACAACAACCACUCUAAUCACCACAACCACGCCAAUAACUACGACAAUCUCUCCUAUCAUCACAACCACUCCAAUCAUAACAACCACUCCAACAACGACGAUAACCACUCCAAUUAUCACAACGACUCCAACAACCACAACCACUCCAAUCAUCACAACUACUACAACCACCACAACCACCCCAUUCACAACAACCACUCAAACCACUCCAAUCACAACAACCACUCCAACAACCAUGACAACCACUCCAACUAUCACAACCAAUCCAAUCACAACAACGACUCCAACCACGACUACCACUCCAAUCACUGCAACCACUCCAAUCUCAACAACCACUCAAACCACAACAACUACUCCAAUCACAACAACCAUGAUAACAACACCAACCACUCCAACCAUCACAACCACUCCAAUCACCACAACCACUCCAAUCAUCACAACUACUCCAAUCAUCACAACUACUCCAACCACAACAACCACUCCAAUCAUCACACAUACUCCAACAACCACUCCAAUCAUCACAACUACUCCAACCACCACAACCACUCCAACCACAACAACCACUCCAAUCACAACAACCACUACCUCUCCAAUCAUAACCACCACAACCACUCCAAUCACCACAACCACUCCACCCACCACAACCACUUCAAUUAUCACAACCAAUCCAACACCAACCACUCCAACCAUCACAACCACUCCAAUCACCACAACCACUCCAAUCAUCACAACUACUCCAAUCAUCACAACUACUCCAACCACAACAACCACUCCAAUCAUCACACCUACUCCAACCACCACAACCACUCCAAUCAUCACAACCACUCAAACCACAACAACCACUCUAAUCACCACAACCACUCCAAUAACCAUGACAACCUCUCCAAUCAUCACGACCACUCCAAUAACUACGACAACCUCUCCUAUCAUCACAACCACUCCAGUUUGGUUGUUAGCACUCUUAACUGCCCUUGA